CGGCACCUGCGACAGGUGGAGCGCGCGGCCUCCGGCACCGGCCAUGUCCUCGGAUGUCUCCGGGACGGAGUCCGGGUCCGAGUCCGGGCCGGAGUCGGUUCCGGAGCCGGUGCCGGAGCCCGGGCCGGAGCCGGAGUCGGAGCCGGGGCCGGGGCCGGCGCCCGGGCCGGGGCCGGGGCCGGCGCCGGGGCCGGGACCCGGACUGGGGCGGGAACCCGGGCAGAGGUACCAGCCAUGCCAGUUGUGCCCCGAGCACGGGAAGCCUCUGAGCUGGUUCUGCCUCUCGGAGCGACGACCGGUAUGCGCCACCUGCGCCGGGUUUGGCGGCCGAUGUCACCGGCACCGCAUCCGCCGAGCGGAGGAGCACGCUGAGGAGCUGAGAAACAAGAUUGUGGACCACUGUGAGAAGCUGCAGUUACAGAGUGCUGGCAUCACCAAGUAUGUGGCCGAGGUCCUGCAGGGGAAGAACCAGAAAGCAAUGAUCAUGGCUAAUGCAACGAGGGAAGUGAUCAUCCAGAGGUUGAGUCUGGUGAGGUGCCUGUGUGAGAGUGAGGAACAGCGAUUACUGGAGCAGGUGCACAGCGAAGAGGAGCGGGCCCACCAGUGCAUCCUGACUCAGAGGGCACACUGGGAUGACAAACUCCGGAAACUGGACUCCCUCCGCACCAGCAUGGUGGACAUGCUCACCCAUCUGAAUGACCUCCAGCUGAUUAUGGAGCAGGAGAUUCUUGAGAGGGCCGAGGAAGCAGAGGGCAUUUUGGAGCCCCAGGAGUCGGAGAAAUUAAGCUUUAAUGAGAAGUGUGCUUGGAGCCCUCUACUGACUCAACUGUGGGCAACAUCGGUUCUCGGGUCUCUCUCAGGCAUGGAGGAUGUGCUUAUUGAUGAAAGGACUGUCGGCCCCUUAUUGAAUUUGUCCGAAGAUCGAAAGACCCUGACCUUCAAUGCCAAGAAGUCCAAGGUCUGCUCAGAUGACCCAGAGCGCUUUGACCACUGGCCCAAUGCCCUGGCUGUCAAUGCCUUCCAGACUGGGCUCCAUGCCUGGGCAGUGAAUGUUAAACACAGCUGUGCUUACAAAGUGGGUGUGGCCUCAGCUCAGCUGCCCCGAAAGGGUUCUGGCAGUGACUGCCGCCUGGGCCACAAUGCCUUCUCCUGGGUCUUCUCCCGCUAUGAUCAAGAGUUCUGUUUCUCACACAACGGGAACCAUGAACCUCUGGCGCUCCUCCGGUGCCCAACACAGCUGGGCCUGCUGUUGGACCUGCAGGCAGGAGAGCUGAUCUUCUACGAGCCUGCCUCAGGGACAGUGCUUCACAUCCACCGUGAGUCCUUCCCGCACAGGCUCUUCCCAGUCUUUGCUGUGGCCGACCAGGUCAUCUCCAUCGUUUGCUGACCUGUGACCACCGUGAGACCAGAUCCACCUCCCCAUCACCCUUUCGGGUCAGGCCAUGCUUCUAGCUAGUGUCCUUUUCCUUGAUGAUGUGACUGGUGUUCCCCAUGGGCAACUUUUGGAGAGAUGGGCAUCUGCUUCAGACUCAGACAUAACUUUUCAAUGCUGGUCAUCUGUGGGGAUCCUGUUUCUUCCCUCUUGGCCUUAGUCUCCCACCACACUUGUGCCCUUCCAAGGGUCUCAUUAACCUGUGUCUCUGGCAUCCAGCAUAGUACCUUGUGCAUGGCGAGUAUACAGCAAGGUACAGUGAGGGAACAAAUGGUUGAUCAAACAGGUGACCAGUUGUGUGGCAGUGUCUGGAAAAGCACCGCAGUCCCUGAAAGUGCCUAGCUGCGGAGAAGGCUGUGCCGAACUUUCCCUAGCCUCUCAGUUCAGUAUUUCUUGGUCUUUUUCAUGAUACACCAUGUGAAGAGGAUGUUUUCCUAGCAUACAAAGGACAACCUGCCAGGCUACUGUUGGCCAGAACACUGUGCCCUCCUCCCACAUUCUGUUGAGGCACCAGUAUCCUGUCUCCAGGAAACCUGCUUGCAGCACACUUUUUGACAUCUGUCCCGGGCCCAGAGGCUGAGCUCUAGCAUGGCUUACAUGUGUGAGAGAAGGGUGACAAACAUUCCCCCUGGUGAACACCCCACAUCACGACUCCUCCUUAGGGUGGAGAGCAGCAAGCAAGAAUAGCUGAGGGGAAAGGAGGGCUGGCCUUAAUAAAUGAAUGUGAGCAUUAUUAAAGGGUUCUAAAGAUGUAA